CCGCUUCCCCACUUCCGCCUACUUGCCCCGGAAGUCGGGCGUCACGUGGCGGCCUGUCUUUUCUGUAGGAAUUACGGGAUUAUUUUCCCUCGGCUCUUUUACAGACGUGGAAGAGAAGGUAGCGGAACGUCUGUUAGAACGAAAGUAGACGAAAUAAAGAGCCCUCAGGAACUGCGUGGGAACGGAACCUUAGGAGACUGGGUCGGAAAUCCUGUAGGAAAGAAAAGAAAGUGCGCCUGCUGGCACGUGUUGUUAGACGCCGGGGGCUACACUGCGCUGGAGCUGACAGGCAGCGCCUUGAGGGAUAGAUGCCCAGCAUUCAUGAAAGCCAACAGAGAAAGGAAGCGCCUCUUUGUGGGUGGGCUUGGACAAGGCAUUUCUGAGACAGACCUACAAAAUCAGUUCAGCAGAUUUGGAGAAGUUUCUGAUGUGGAGAUCAUCACUCGGAAAGAUGAGCAAGGAAAUUCACAAAAGGUCUUUGCAUAUGUUAACAUCAGCAUAACAGAAGUGGACCUGAAAAAAUGUAUGUCUAUUUUAAACAAAACAAAAUGGAAAGGUGGAACACUACAAAUUCAACUAGCAAAAGAAAGUUUUUUACACAGAUUAGCCCAAGAAAGAGAAGAAGCAAAAGCAAAGAAAGAAAAAUCAACCACUGGCAGCACCACCUUGUUGGAAAAGAUAGGAGGAGUAGAUUUCCAUAUGAAAGCUGUGCCUGGAACAGAGGUGCCAGGACAUAAAAAUUGGGUUGUGAGUAAAUUUGGAAGAGUCCUACCUGUUCUUCACCUUAAGAAUCAACAUAAACGUAAAAUUAUAAAAUAUGAUCCAUCAAAAUACUGCCACAACCUAAAAAAGAUAUCGGAGGAUUUGACAAAAACCAUUCCCAUAACUGACCUCACUUGGGAACUGGAAGGAGGCAAUGACCCUAUGAGUAAGAAACGUCGAGGAGAGUUUUCUGAUUUUCCUUUCCCUCCCCAGAAGAUUAAGAAAGUACAGAAGAGCAAGGGUCCCACAGAGUCGAAGGGUUCUGAUAUGAUUAGUCUAAGGACUAAUGAGGCGAUGGAGAGUAACAAAUCACCACAGCCAAUGACUGCACACAGGAAAGCCACUAGUGCCAUUACACCUUCUAAAUCACUCCUUAUGGCCAGUUCUGGGACUCAGAAACCUAAACAUGUUUUUCAAACUUCUGACUUUGAAAUCAUCUGGAAUAAAAGUAGCAUGUCUGAUAAUGACAUUGACUCUGAAGAUGAAUUAAAAAUGAUGAUUGCAGAAGAGGAAAACUUACAGAAAACUAGGCAUUCCUUGGGAAAUGAAUCUGAAGAUGAUCCUUUUGAAGUUGUGAGGGAUGAUUUCAAAUCAGAUAGUCAAAAACCUCAUUGUUCAACCAAUUUAGGAAAUGACUAUGACUAUGACUCAAGUGAUACAGAUGAAAUUAUUGCAAUGAAAAAAAACAUUGUUAAGGUGAAAAGCAGUACUGCAUCUCCACAACCAGAAAAGCCUAUAAGCAAGAAAAGUUCUUUUAAAAAGGUAGAGCCUUCUAAUGGUUGUGUUGAAGUACAAAAAACUAAAAGCAACAAAGAAUCGGCCCCGGGUCAUGGAGUAAAGUUUCUGAAUCCUAGAUUUCCACCUGACUCCAACAUCAGUGACAGUGAAGAGUCUGAGGAAGAUGAAGAGUAUAAAGCCUUGAUGAGAAACUGUCCCAGAGUGAAUCUCACUUUAGCUGAUUUGGAACAGUUGGCUGGCCAUCAGCAGAAGGUUCCAGGAGAAGAUAACGAGAGUGAUGGCCCCCAAAACGCCAAUCACUGCAAACUUGAUACUACCUCCAAGAGUCCUAAGACUUCCUAUGGCCUGUCCAAUGGCCGGCAGUGUAUUUGUCCUGAGGAGAUUGUGGCCUCCCUUCUAGAGGAGGAGAACACUUACAACAAACAAAAACCAGAGGAAAACACCUUAAAGCCAAAAUUCCAGGCCUUCAAGGGAAUAGGUGGUCUCUAUGCACAGGAGUCAGUGGAUAAAACUUUGAAAGAGACUGCUGCCUUUAAAAGUAUCAGUGAACAUGAAGAUCCUAAUAGAAUUUUUAUAGAAAAUGGAUCCAAGUGUGCUAACGGCUCAUCCAUCAAACUGACUUCAUGCGAACCUGCAAAGAAGGUGAACAGCCCAAGCCACAUUCAGCCUCCAAUGAGACGGUAUGCUUUGGAGAGCCAGAGCCAUAAAGUAGUGUCCUCUACUAGUUUUGACAAGGAAAGUCAAAAUCCUCUCUCAUGUGCAUUGCCAUUAAAAGGUAAUAAGUCCCUAAGUCUUAGUGUAAAGAGUCGCAAGAUAGACUCUGACAGAGACACUUGCCAUCAGCCUGAAAGCAGAAAAGCUUCCGAGAAAGAAGGCCCUGCUUCCAUCACCGUCGCAUCUCUUGAGAAAGCACCACAGCUGUCUCUCAGGGAAGAUCCUCAAAGCACAGCUGGUUUCUCACUUUCUCUUAGUAACACCUCAUGUAUGAGUGCUAAGCACGCUGAAGACAAUCAGAAGCGACUAGCAGCCUUGGCCGUGCGGCAGGAAGCCAGAGAAGUGCAGAAGAAACUGGUGCACAAUGCGUUGGCAAAUCUGGAUGGUCAUCCAGAGAACAAAAAAACACACAUUGUCUUUGCUUCUGAUAAUGAAAGUGAAACGGAAGGGACAUCUACUCCUGAGCAAAACUGUCCAGGGAAAGAGCUGGUGAAGGAAUCUGUGAGUAAAGCAUCUGGGAAGUUAUUUGACAGCAGUGAUGAUGAAGAAUCAGAUUCCAAGGAGGACAGCAUCAGGUUCAACAUUAAGCCUCAGUUUGAGGGCAGAGCUGGCCAAAAGCUCAUGGAUUUGCAGUCUCAUUUUGGAAGUGAUGAACGAUUCCGAAUGGACUCUAGAUUUUUAGAGAGUGACAGUGAAGAGGAACAGAAAGAGUUAAAUGAAAAUCAAACUAAUGAAGAUGAGCUAGCUGCAGAAAAAAAGAAAACACUGAAUGUUGUGCAAAGUGUUUUGAACAUCAAUUUGAGCAACCCUACAAGCAAAGGAUCAGUAGCUGCUAAGAAAUUUAAGGACAUCGUACAUUAUGACCCAACAAAGCAUGACCAUGCCAUUUAUGAAAGAAAACAAGAAGAUAAAGAAAAAGAAAGUAUAUGUCAUUUCAGUAAAGCCAAACGGAAGAGGAAAAGGGAAGAAGCUGAGAAACUGCCUGAGGUAUCCCAAGACAUGUAUUAUAACAUCACUACAGAUUUGAAAGAAAUAUUCCUGAAGAACACAGAUGAAAAGCAAGAGGACAUGCCCUGGAAUGAGGAUGGUGGUAGAGAAGAAACUGGGGAAAUCAGUAAUUCUGCAACCCUGACAAAUGGCACAGAGCAGACCAGCGUGUUCACCUUCUCGUUUUUUGAUUCAGACACUAAAGAUGUUAAGGAAGACACCUAUAAAAUCGAACCAGUAAAACGUGGGAAGACAGUCUGUCAUGAAGAUCCCCGCUUCCAAGAUAGUAGUUCAGAAGAAGAAGAAGAAGAUGUUACUAAAGAAACAGAUCACAGAAGGCCCAGCCCUGGAGAAGCAUUUCCUGAGAAAGAGACCACUAGAUUUUUCUUUUUCUCUGAGAAUGAUGACAGACUUCGUGGUUCUAACUUAUUCUGGAGUGGUGUGGGAAGUAGUAUUAGCAGAAAUUCCUGGGAAGCCCGAACAAGUAGUCUCCUUUUGGAUUGUCGGAAGAAACAUAAAGAAGCUAAAAGGAAGAUGAAAGCAAAUUAACCAAUAUCAGCUUUGGUUUUGGUAUUGAAUGUGCAAAUGGCUCACCAAAUCUCCAAAUUAACCCAGAAAAUUGUUUACUGACAAAGAAGAAAUGUCAGAGUAGAAAAUAUUCAAAGACUGGAUGAUGAUUUAUCAUUCUGAUUACUAUUUGUUUCUAUGGAAUUCUUCUGUAUUUCUUCCUUGGUGACUGUCCCAAAAUGAACUGAGCCAGUUGUGGUGAUACAGCUGUAGUCUCAGCACUCUGGAGGGGAAAUGGGAGGAUCAUUUGAGCCCUGGAGUUUCAGGCCACACUCAGCACACAGCAACACCCCACCUAGAACAGUGCUUACUCUUGUUCUUCAUCCUAAAUAACUGUGGCCAUCUCUUACACAAAGCCCUGUUUAAGAAAUGGUUUGAUGUACUUGUGCUUAAAUAUUUCUGAUUAUACUAAGUAUUCUUUACCUCCAAUUUGUCUUGUAAAACUCAAUUACAAAUCAACUUUGAGUUCUGUACUUAUGGUCUGAUGACAAAUUGAAACUUUUAAAUAAAUAGUUCAGUGUA